CCCGAGACCGCAGCAUUCUACUCAAUCGCGUCAGCAGUUUCUUUACAACAGCAUCGCACAGGCGAAUGUCUCUGGAGUCCGGGGUCACGAUCGCCGGGAAAACCAGGUACCAAGACUGGAACCCUUUUUUAUAGCUCAAAGGAAAAGCAGUUGAGUUUGGGAUAUGAUGAUAGCUGUUGUGGCACUGGUUUUGGGUGUCUUAUUGGGACUUUUUGUUUUGAUCCCAAGAGGCCGUAAUUCUGGUCAAGUAAAACAGGCUGCUAACCAUCGAAAGGUAUCUAUAUCCUAUAGUAAAGCAGAAGUUGCUUUACAUAACAAGAGAACUGACUGUUGGAUCAUUAUCAAGGAUAAGGUUUAUGAUGUUACUUCAUACGUAGAAGAGCAUCCAGGCGGUGAUGCAAUUCUGGCACAUGCUGGAGAUGAUUCAACUGAAGGGUUUUAUGGGCCACAGCAUGCCACCCGUGUCUUCGACAUGAUUGAUGACUUCUACAUUGGAGAUCUUAAGGAAUAAAAUCUUAUACACUAGGUGUUAAAAAAUAUGGAAGAAAAUGCACUUUUUAAGAAUCUUCUGUUUGAUUUUGUACCUCCUCUCAAGUGUAACAAUAAUUUACACUGUCACCUUCCUAGAUUUACCAUUUAUUCUUACAUCCUGAAAGUUGAACCAUUUCAUUUGACUCCCAUUCCAUGAUCUCG